ACUUCCGCUCUCCCGGCGCUGUGGUUUGGGUUUGCCGUGCUCGGCUCCGCCUGGCUUGGCUCAUCCUUUUUGGAACAGAAGUAAGCUGUGGUUAAAAGCUACUCUUGCAAGAAGAGCGUUCUUGUACAGCUGGAGCUGCACUACAACGAAGCACGGGGUUUUUGAUGAGGAGGAGCUGAGCUGGUUGGGGUCAGGUGUGCUUCUGCAGUGUGGUAGAACUGCCACGGGCAGCUUGGAGCUGAUUGGUUCAUAUCCAUGGGAGAUUCUGGGAAAAGAAGAAAGGAACUUCGUUUGGGAAAGAAGUGGGAUUCCUGCCAUAAGGAGGUCAGGAGGAGAAGCUAGCAGGUGGAAGAGAAAGCAGCUGUCCUAACAGGUGGAAAUUUUCUCAGAUUGUUUUACUGCUAAAAUCCUCACUACGUAAGAUGCAUCCAGACCUGUCUCCUCACCUGCACACAGAAGAAUGUAACCUCAUUAUCAGUCUGCUCAAGAAGUGUCACAAGGAGCACAAUGUUCUGAGGUUUUUUGGCCACUGCAAUGAUAUCGACCGUGAGAUGCGGAAGUGCUUAAAGAAAGAGGCAUUAAGAAGGUUUCAUUUUUUGGCUGUAAUGAAAGAUUCUUCAAUCUUCAGACUUUUGCUAAUGCAGGGGCAUACUUCAAAGAUGGGCUUCACAUCUGAGAUGCACACUAUGAAGAAAAAAGGGCCAGGAACCGGGAGGUGCGUCGGAAAAUAAUUGAUGCUCACAAAAACUUUGAGAAGUGAGCUAUACCAUAGAUGGACAAUUGCAUCUCCAUAGGGACACCCACUUGAAAGUUGACACAAUGUCUCUUCCAAGUUGCCAACAUUCAACCCUGGUUUUGUGAAAUGAUGGAAAAAUAAAUGUACCUAAAACAUACUAAUUUCCAGAAAGGUAAACUGAAUGUGGGGAAAAAAUAAAAUAAUUGCUCACAAGUUAAUUUUUGGCCUCAAAAAGA